AUGACCAGCGAAACCACUGAACGCAUCACUGUGCAACCAAAACCUAUUACUAACGAGAACUUUGCUCGUUGGGGUCAGGUCGUUCGUCUACCGGAUACAGACCCAAAUGCAGUCCAGGUUAACCAAGGCACCGCGCAAAAGUUUUCACAUCUUGCCGAGUUCGUCAAUUUGCGCCCACCAAAGACAGACAGUGCGAACCCUAACAAGUCGUUAGACUCAGCUACAGCCAACAUUGCAAUCUUCAAGUGCUAUAAACCUGUCGCCACCCCUCAAUUCGGAAUCAAGUUGUUGGAGCGCCAUCCAUACUCUUCACAAAUGUUUAUGCCCAUGGGAGGUGAUGGUAAUGGGAGCUAUGUCGUCGUCACAGCAGAAAAUGGACCAGACGACAAGCCCAUUUUGAGCACAUUGGAAGCCUUUAGGUGUGACAACACACUUGGCAUCAACUAUAAACCCAACGUCUGGCACCAUCCCAUGAUUGUGAUUGAGAAGCCCGUCCAGUUCAUGACCAUUACCUAUGAAUCUGGUGUAGCUCUUGAAGAUUGCGAGGAAUACUGGUUCACAAAGGAGAGUGGAUCAGAAGAUGGUAUCGCAGCCUUGAUUCAGUUGGCAUAAUUUUUUU